AUGAUCUUCUCUUCGUACUACCGCUCUUUACUUUUCUUUUCAUCAUGUUUAAUACUCAGAGCUGGCGAUGCUCAGAUGCUGGGGUCGUGGUCUCCAGGCCAAAGAGAACUUCAUGUGCGACAGAAUGGCAAUAACAACGGCCCUGAUACAAGCGCAUUCACUAUCGUUAACGGAAGAAUCUACACGCCUGGGUUGGGAAUAAUACUAGCACCUCAGCCUUUCACGCCUAUGGGUGGCGAUUUCCUGCACAUUGCCCUCGAUGUGUCAGGUGACGGCAAAUUGCCUGUUCCUCCACGCAACAUUGCCGACCCACUCACUCAAGUCUUCAACUUCACUCUCUUCUUGACCUCAACAAUUACCCAGAAGAACUUCACAAUCUCUAAUAUAACAACCUCCACACCACCCUUCGCGGACAUACUCGACCAAGAGCUUGGCCAAACAGUCAAGCACAUCAACUUCGAAUGGCCAGACUGUCUCGUCGGCGAUGGUAAUGACGAGGAAGGUGCAACAGCAAGAGGCGACUACAACAUCAGUAUUCACCAAAACUACCGACUCAACGGUGUAGAUCGAUACACGAUUUUCAAUCUCCCUAUUAGUGUUACCAACAGUAUCCAGCCGUUCCCCGGUGCAGGCCAGUUAACUACCAAGCCCGCGCCAGGCCCAUUGAGCGCAAAUGGGGGCCGCAUGCAGUGUGCCAUGAUUGAGAAUCCGCUAGUGGACUUUCAGGUGCAGGUUAACAGUGUGAAUAACCCACCUGGGCAGCCCAUGCGAGAUAUCCAGAUUCAAACUAGCCCGCGAAGUGAUGGAGGGCAGGUUGGUGCAAAUGGCCAGGACGACGGAUCGAGGGGGACGGGAGGGGGACAGAAUGGAGGCGUAAGUGGGCAAGGCGAAAUAGCACCAAACCAAGGCGCAGGUAGUAGUCGUCCUGCAUUGGGCGCAGCAGUGAGGAUGUCUAGUGAGUCACUUUCUGUGGUCAUGAUCGGCAUGUUGGGGGUUGUGGUGGUGUUAUUUACAUCUGUGAGCUUGUGA